GAAAAAUUUGGGAAAGGAAUUGCAUCCCUUUUGCUACAGAUUUUGGAGGGAGGACGGGGUCUCCCAUUCUCAAACCCCCCCCUUCCUCCUUGGCUGGACAGGCAGCAGGACACUCGCACAGCCCAGCAGCCGUUCUAGAACGCACGCACUACACGAUGACAUUCCAUCACACCAGCCAGCUACGUCAUCACCCCCCGCCUCCCGUAACACGUCAUCACUCCAGGGCGGCUCUGCCCUCACUGUCCUCCUCCUCCUCCAGGUGAGCCGGUGAUGUCACAGCCGGGCAGGUGAAGUGGCGUGAAGGCACUGCUUGGCACGGGUUAGCGCUCGUUACGGAGGAAGCGCGGCCAGGCACACAGCGCUGUCAGUAUGCCGGCCCCCCGCAUUGCUGCCCGUCUCCCCCUGCCAGCCGUCUGGCUGUGGCUCUGGCUGGGCCCCGCGCUGUGUCCGCUGGCGGGGGCGGUCCCGGAACAAGGAACGUGGAGCCUGUCGGUCUCCAGUGUAAGUAGGCACCAUCACCACUGCGCGGCUGCUCGCCUGUCACCGACAAUAAAGUUUGUUUUAUUUGGCUGUAGCUGUCACUAGUAACCAGCAUUUCGCUUCUUAAAAUAACAACAGCUCCAAAGUGAAACAUAAUCACGUUAAAAUGGUGGAUAUUAUUAUUAUUAUAAUUUACUACCAAUGCUCACUCUGCCACAAUAUAUAUAUUACAGUACACUAUGGCUACAAAGCAAUAACAAAAACUAUUAAAACAAACCCCACAGUUAGCUGACACUUUUUUUUUUUUUUUUAAAUUGUGUUUAUCUCCAUGUGUAGCUAUUUUCUUUUCAAAGGUACGAUUAUUUAAGAAAGGGGGGGGGGAGUUAUAAGUAAGAAAAAAUGGGGAGUACUUUUUCCUUACGGAUAACUUGCAGGUUGCCAAAGAGUGGUGCUUUAGUCAAGCUACACCACCUUUGUCAGCUUUAUCAUUGGUUUGCCACAUAGUAUCUCGCUCCAGGGUCGUGUUUUGUGACGAUUCUUAACAUCUGUUGGCUUUUGCGGGGUUCCCCCCGCGUCCCCCCAAGUUUUCAAACUGCGUGCGUGUGAUUUCACAUGCAUACCCUAGGAAGGGCAGAAGAGCAGAUUUCUGGCAGCUGCCAUCUUGGAAAAGCUAAUGGAGACACAACAUUGAUGUAAGUAAUGUAAUAAUUUGUGAGUGUGUGAAAGAAUGUUUGUGUCUUCUUGUCUAUCAGUGAGCGUGCCUGUCUGUUUAGGUGAUUGCAUGGGAAAGGUGUUUUUACUCGCCUUUUUCCAUGCUGUACUGGUGUGCCAUGGCUGGCUCUCUCCACAUCUAUGGCUGAGAUCAUCAAUUUUGAUGAUCUCAGUCAAGCCAAUGCUUUUCCAUAGGAAAGCAGUGGGAGGCUAUUGCACGUUCGCAUCAAAAUGUUGUACUGCACCAACCAGCACCUCAUAGAGAAGAAUUGAAUCGAUGGGGUACAUUCAGCACCUCCAUGCAAAGUGUGGGGACACUGAAUGCAGGUGCUGUACACGGUGCAGCAUUGGACUUCGAAGCACCUCUAGUAGAUGUUUGGCUAACAGUCACUAGAAGUGUUACCAGGCAGCAAUUUAAACACUGCCUUUUCUCUGAAAAAGCAGUGUUUACAUUACAAAGCCUGCAGGGACAGGCUAUAGACACCAGCUGCAAUGGUUCUGGUGACUAUAGUGCCCCUUUAACCCCUUAAGGACUGAGCCAAUUGUACCAGCUGUGAUCAAAACGUAAACAAAACCUGGAAUUCUUUAACCCCUUAAAGGACCACUCUAGGCACCCAGACCACUUCAGCUUAAUGAAGUGGUCUGGGUGCCAGGUCCAGCUAGGGUUAACCCAUUUGUUCAUAAACAUAGCAGUUUCAGAGAAACUGCUAUGUUUAUGAAUGGGUUAAGCCUUCCCCUAUUUCCUCUAGUGGCUGUCUCAUUGACAGCCGCUAGAGGCGCUUGCGUGCUUCUCACUGUGAUUUUUCACAGUGAGAGCACGCCAGCGUCCAUAGGAAAGCAUUAUGAAUGCUUUCCUAUGUGACCGGCUGAAUGCGCGUGUAUUCAGCCGACGGGGAGGAGAAGAGGAGGAUCGGAGGAGGAGAGCUCUCCGCCCAGCGCUGGAAAAAGGUAAGUUUUAACCCCAUUCCCCUUUCUAGAGCCGGGCGGGAGGGGGACCCUGAGGGUGGGGGCACCCUCAGGGCACUAUAGUGCCAGGAAAACGAGUAUGUUUUCCUGGCACUAUAGUGGUCCUUUAAGGACGGAGCCAAAUGUACACAUUGUGAAUGAAACACAAUGUAUACAAAACCUGGCGUUUGCGCUACAUGUCUGUCCAACCGUAAUACACCUCUUUCAUAUUAAAUACACCCACCCUUAUUAUAUAUCAAUUUAUUCAGGGGAAACAGGGCUUUCAUUUAAUAUCAAAUAUUUAGCUAUGAAACAUAAUUUAAUAUGAAACAAAUGGGAGAAAAUAAGAUUUUUUUAUUUUUUUUUUUUUAGUUCUACAUGACAUUUUAACGGUCAAUGUCAUAAUACUGUUUGCUUUUACUGCAAUAAAAUACACGUAUUUGUAUUCAGCAAAGUAUCACGUGUAAAACAGUACCCCCUAUGUACAGGUUUUAUGGCGUUUUGGGAAGUUACAGGGUCAAAUAUAGCACGUUACAUUUGUAAUUGAAAUUCACCAGAUUGGUUAUGUUGCCUUUGGGACUUUAUAGUAGCCCAGGAAUGAAAUUUACACCCAUAAUGGCAUACCAUUUGCAAUAGUAGACAACCCAAGGUAUUGCAAAUGGGGUAUGUCCAGUCUUUUUUAGUAGCCAUUUGGUCACAAACACUGGCCAAAGUUAGCGUUAGUAUUUGUUUGUGUGUGAAAAAUGCAAAAAACGCCAAUUUUGGCCAGUGUUUGUGACUAAGUGGCUACUAAAAAAGACUGGACAUACCCUGUUUGCAAUACCUUGGGUUGUCUACUAUUGCAAAUGGUAUGCCAUCAUAGGGGUAAUUUUCAUUCUUGGGCUACCAUAGGGUCUCAAAGGCAACGUACCCAAUCUGGCAAAUUUUAAUGUGAAAAAAAUGAAACACAAGACUUAUAUUUGACGCUGUAACUUUUGAAAACACCAUAAAACCUGUACAUGAGGGGUACUGUUGUACUCGGGAGACUUCGCUGAACACAAAUAUAUGUGUUUCAAAACAGUAAAAAGUAUCGCAGCAAUAAUAUCGUCCGUGUAAGUGCUGUUUGUGCAUGAAAAAUGCAAAAAACUUCACUUUUACUGGCGAUAUCAUCGUUGUAAUACAUUUUACUAUUUUGAAACACUAAUAUUUGUGUUCAGCGAAGUCCCCCGAGUAGAACAGUGCCCCCCAUGUACAGGUUUUAUGGUGUCUUGGAAAGUUAUAGGGUUAAAUAUAGUGCUAGCAAAUUAAAUUCUCUUUACUUUCGGCAUGGGUUGUCAGGCAGGUCCCGCUAAUUGUAAUUAAUUAAGAUAUCCAAUUAUGUAAAAAUAUUACAUAAAUAUAUAUGUAGAAUUAAUGUGUGUGUGUGUAUAUGUAUGUGUAUAUGUGUGUAUAUAUAUAUAUAUAUAUAUAUAUAUAUAUAUAUAUAUAUAUAUAUAUAUAUAUAUAUAAUUUUAUAUAUAGUGAUAUAUAUGUAUAUAAAUAUAUAUAUAAUUUCAUUCUACGUGUAUUUUGAUAUAAAUAUAUAUUAUCACAAUACAGUUCGAACGAAAUAACACACAUCUAUAUAUUUUUUAUUUUUUAAUUUUAUUUAACGUAUUUACAUAUUUUUUUUUUUUAUAUUUAUUUAAUCAGUAUCAGUCUACGUGUAAUUUGAUAUUAAUAUAUAUAUAUAUUAUAGUAAUACACCUAUACAGUGUGUGUGUAUGUAUGUAUGUAUAUAUAAUAUAUACAUAAAUAUAUAUAUAUAUAUUUUUUUUUUUUACACUUAUUUAACUUUUUUUUAUUAUUAUAGGCAGCCCCCCUGCUGGCAAUGCAGGAGGCAGCUAUCCCGGCCAUGUGAUUGUGAGGUCCUUGCAAGCACCUCACUCUCACACGGCUGGGGGGGGCUGCCAGGGGGUCGGACGUGCCGCGGGGGGCUCCCUGGGAGUUCCCCCAACCACAGUCGCCGGCGACCGGAGGGCGUACUAUCACGUCCGGCGGCGUUUAGAGCCGCCUAAAAUAGGGCGUAAUAGUACGCACUCCGGUCUUAAGGGGUUAAUAUGUCCAACCGUAAUUCACCUUUUUCAUAUUAAAUGCACCCACACAUAUUCUAUAUCAUUUGUUUUCAGGAGAAACUUUCAUGUCGCAUCAAACAUUUAUAUAUUAAACAUAAUUUAAUAUGAAUAAAAUAUUUUAAAAAUUGAGAAAUUAAGAAACUUUUUUUUGUUUUUUAGUUCUGCAUGACAUUUUAACUGUGAAUGUCAUAAUAAUGUUAGCUGUUACUGCAAUAAAGUACCCAUAUGUGUGUUCAACAAUGUCUCACGAGUAAAACAGUACCCCCAUGUACAGAUUUUAUGGUGUUUUGGGAAGUUACAAGACCAAAUACAACACAUUACAUUUCUCAGUUUAUACACAUUGAAAUUUGCCAGAUUGGUUAUGUUGCCUUGGAGACCGUAUGGUAGCCCAGGAAUGAGAAUUACCCCCAUGAUGGCAUGCCAUUUGCAAAAGAAGACAACCCAAGGUAUUACAAAGGGGAUUAUGUCCAGUCUUUUUUAGUAGCCACCAAGUCACAAACACUGGCCAAAGUUAGUGCUCAUAUUUGUGUGUGAAAAAUGCCCAAAAAAACGAAUUUGAGCGCUAAUUUUGGCCUCUGUUUGUGAAUAAGUAGCUACUAAAAAAGACUGGACAUACCCCAUUUGCAAUACCUUGGGUUGUCUACGUUUGCAAAUGGUAUGCCAUCAUGGGGGUAAUUCUCAUUCCUGGGUUACCAUACGGUCUCAAAGGCACCGUAACCAGUCUGGCAAAUUUCAAUGUGUAUAAACUGAGAAAUGUAAUGUGUUUAUAUUUGACGCUGUAACUUUCCAAAACACCAUAAAAUCUGUACAUGGGGGUACUGUUUUACUCGCAAGACAUUGCUGAACACACACAUGAGGUUUUUUUUGCAGGCAUGAGUGGGACAACCUGGAAGUUCAGGCAGUCCCCCUGCAGGCAAUGCAUAAGCCGCCUAUUCCAGCCAUGUGAUGGCAAAGAACCCCGCGAUCACAUUGCACGGGAGGGCCGGAUUGGGCAGUGGGGUCUGCCUGAGCUACCAGGCAGUCCCCAGGAUCGCACCCACCCGCGUGGGGACCCAGUAAGUCACCCAAAAUAGAGCAUUUAGAGCCACCCAAAAUAGGACGACAUAGAACGCCCGCCGUCCUUAAAGGACCACUCUAGGCACCCAGACCACUUCAGCUUAAUGAAGUGGUCUGGGUGCCAGGUCCAGCUAGGGUUAACCCAUUUGUUCAUAAACAUAGCAGUUUCAGAGAAACUGCUAUGUUUGUAAAUGGGUUAAUCCAGCCCUCAAAUCCUCUAGAUGCUGUCUCACUGACAGCUGCUAGAGGCACUUGCGUGAUUCUCACUGUGAAAAUCACAGUGAGAACACGCAAGCGUCCAUAGGAAAGCAUUGUAAAUGCUUUCCUAUGAGACCGGCUGAAUGUGCGCGCAGCUCUGGCCUCGCGUGCGCAUUCAACCGAAAGGGAGGAGAGGAGGAGGUUCGGAAGCGGUGAGCUCCCCGCCCGGCGCUGGAGAAAGGUAAGUUUUUAACCCCUUUCCUCUCCCCAGAGCCCGGCGGGAGGGGGACCCUGAGGGUGGGGGCACCCUCAGGGCACUAUAGUGCCAGGAAAACAAGUAUGUUUUCCUGGCACUAUAGUGGUCCUUUAAGGGGUUAAGAAUUGUAUUUUUGUACUUGAAAAUAAUGCUUUGUUAGUGUUAAAAAAACUGGCUUCUAACUUGUUUAGCUGACUCCUCGAUUCCAAGCAAAUUUGUCAAGCCAUGUUCGACAGCAUUGUGUGAAUGUGUUAGAAAUCUCCUUUGCAAAGUGGUGAUACAAGCUAGUAUUUUGAGACUGCUUGAAAUAGCAUAGCAGUCCUCUUGUGUUUUCUCAAUUUCAUUACAGUUUUAGUAUAUGUGCCGCCAAAGUUAGCAUAUCCUCUUGUAUUUUCAAAAAAAGACCUCUCUGGAUUUUCUGAAUCAAUUAGUUCUAAAGUGAUAUCAGGCCAUCAUUUUUAUCACUGCUGUCCAUGUUUACAAUGUGCUAUGCAAGCAGUGUUAUCGCAAACAUAAAUAAUUACUUUAUUUGCUAACUUGGUACAGAAUUCACUCUACUUUUGUAAACUGUACCUGAAAUUAUUUAGCAUGACAUUUACAGGGUUAUUUAUUAAAAUCAGAAUUGUUAAGAAUUAAAAGUGAAUUUCAAACUGGAGGCCACAAAAGUCGAAAUGGAAAAAUUCUCUAAUAGUGUUCUGUCUGAAAUAUAAAGAUAAAGUUAAAUGAAAUGACUACGAAGCUAUCGCAUUAUAAUUUAUAAAAUGUAUUAUUGGUUCCCCUUGUCUUUUCGCCACUUGAUUAAUCAAGUUAAAGGGACACUCCAGGCACCCAGACAACUUCUGCCCGUUGGAGUGGUCUGGGUGCCAACUCCCACUACCCUUAACCCUGCAACUGUAAAUAUUGCAGUUUUUUUUUCUUUUUUUAAACUGCAAUAAUUACCUUGCAGGAUUAACUCCACCUGUAGUGGCUGUUUACUAGACAGCCACCAGAGGGCACGUCCGUAUCUCUAGCACAGAUUUUCAAUGCUUUCCUAUGGGGAGCGGCAGCGGAUGAAGAAGCAGCGACGUGGGGCAUGUCGCUGCCUCUGGUAAGUCACUGAAGUGGUUUUCACCCCUUCAGCAACUGGGGAUUGGGAGGUGGGAGGGAGAGGGGACCUGCAGUGCCAGGAAAACGGAUUGUUUUCCUGGCACUGGAGUUUCCCUUUUAAUAGCCACAAAAUGAGACGUAAUGCAAAAAUUACCUGUUAAUUUAACACAGAAUAUUUUUGUUUGUUUGGAAGAAUGCCUUUACAACAUAUGUUGUAUUUUUCAAUUGAAUCGCAGUGUUUGUUGUUUUAUUUUGUGUGUCCAUCAGUUACUGUCAUUUUGUUGAUUUCAUCAUUUUCUGCAUUUUUAUUUUAUUUGACAUAAAGGAAUAACAAAGCAAACACACUACAGUUUUAUUUAUAUUAUUUAUUGUGUUGGGAAGCUGUUCCUAAAAACGUUUUCAUGACGCUUCAACUUGAUUAUUUGUGUGCAGGCACCACUGUUGAGCCAUCCAAGUUAUUUUGUUGUUGCGCGAGAAUUUACUGGUGCUUAUUCUAUUCAGAUCAGAUUCAUUCACUUUAACCCCUUAAGGACACAUGACAUUUGUGACAUGUCAUGAUUCCCUUUUAUUCCAUAAGUUUGGUGUUAAGACCUGCAGUGGUUAUGGUACUGCGGUCUUCCAUUCCUUCCCCAAUAGCUGAGCAUAAGUGAUUUAUAGCUGCAGUAGGAGGCAGAGGAAUUGUGUAGAAGAAUGCAGAUUCCAAGAUGAUUCUCCCCAGCAAAUAGAAUAUUCCCCAAACAUGAGCCUAGACUUCAUGAAGUGUGUAACAGGAAUUAAGUUUAUUGAUGACACACUGGCUUUUAUGAGAAAUCCUCAUGCAGGAGGACCUCCCACAGUAAACAAAGACAAUAAUCAAUCAACAUACAGCUUUACAGUAACCCCCGCCCUCUCUCUGCCUGGGAGAUAUUGAGAUAAGUUAAGGAAUAACCCAAUUAUCUCCAGGCAGCGGGCACACAAUUUCCCCCAAAAUUAGAACACCCCUUUCCACACAAGUUAUCCCCACAUAUCCCCUUAUAGCCCCGAUCUGGGGGACUAACAUAUCCAAAUUUCACCAGAUCGGUUCAGGGGUUCUUAAAAAGUAUGGAAGUUACAAGUUACCGACCACACACGAGGCUCCUGCCCAAAACAGUUCCACGAAUUCAGCGUGUGCGGUCAGUCAAUUCAGAAAAAGGCAUAAAACGAAAAAAAGUCCUGAAUGGAUCCUCCUGGCUCAUAGGAGUGAUUGCUCCCCUUGUCCGUAUGAACAAAACUACCGAAUGGCGGUCUCCUGGCUGUUCGGCAACUAAAGGAAGCAGGCGUUCGUUUCAGCGGUGGUUCAGGAGGUCGAGUGUCAUAUUUUAGUUCCAGACACUCGACGACCAAGUCCCGCUGCCUCCUUUCGUGAAAACAAGAUGGCCGCCGUUUUCUGUUCCACAUGGCAUUCGGCUAUACGAACAACGGCCGCCCAGAGAGCGCUUAAUAGAUGGUUCUUUUGAAGUUAAUGAGCCAGGAGGGUGGUUGGUGUUCGGUAGUUUUAAACUACCGAACCAAUAGAUUCAACAUGUACAAAAUACUGCAGAAAAAAGCCUGAACAUAAAAUACCGAACUAAGUCUAUUUUCUUCACAAUUGGUUCUUAAGGGGUUCAAUUUCUGUGAGCACAUAUACAGUACAGUUAACAGUUUGCUCUAUGGGCUAGGUUGUGCUAACACAGUGGUAGUCAACCUUUUUCUACCUACCGCCCACUAAUGCAUCUUUCUUGAUGGAAACAUUUCCUUACCGCCCACCAGUUUUCAUGCAAGUGCAGAAUAUUUUUUAGAAAGGAGGGUGUUUAAAAAAAAAAAAAAAGAAAAUGUACAUACAUUUAUCUUUUUAUUUCUACUUCAUGCAUGUUUACAAUGUUUUUAACUUUAUGAAGUUUAAUGAGAAAACAAAGUAAAUUGAAAUUACCUUUAACUAGUGAUUAAUGAGAUCCUUGAGGCUGAUGCUGCGAGACUAAAUAUUUGAUAUGUGGUUCGAUUUCCAUAAGGAACAAACAAAGUUCUCCUCUUUCGGUGAUGUUCAGACGAUUUCUCUGUUUGCUCAUAAUGAUUUCUCAUCUGUGCAUCAGCUCCCCUCCUUAGCCCACUUACUAUUAUUAGCCAACAACAAUUCUCCCCUUUUCCUUCUUUCUCCUUUUUACAAGUACUCUGCUCUUUCUUUGAUUAUCCCUAUAGAUUAACAUCAAUUUUAGUUUUUACUUAUUAUCUCUCAAGCAUUUUGAGAACGCAAGAAUAUCUGCCAGUCUUUGUAGAAAUAGUUUUUCCUGCUCCCCCCCCCCCCCACAUAUGGUAAUUUUUGCUAGUGGAAUUAAUGUUUACGUUGUGCAUGGGAACUCAACCACCUUUAUAAACCAUUGCAAGUAUAUUUUGAAUAUUUGUGGAUCCUUUGUUUCACUGUAUGGUUUAUACUAACUCAUCUUUUGUUUACAUUGUAGGAGUCCGGUCCCAUUAUCUUUAGAAAAAUAUUAUAUAAUUCCACAAAUAUCAAAGUGAAACGUAAGUACAAUUUCUAUUUGUGAUCAAAGCUAACUGAUAUUGGUUUUUGCAUCUUUUCAUUUUUUUUUUUUUAAAAGGAACAGUUUAGGCACCAUGAACACUUAAUCAAAAUGAAGUUGGUAUGUCUUAAUCUUAUUUGUAGAAACAAAUUUUAAUACAAUAAUGAGUGGGUUAUACUUAUUGCUGAUUGGUGGGGUAAGGACAUGGAUACUACAGAUUUGUAUUCCUAAAGCAGUAGUGUUCCUUUAUGCCAUGCUCUUUUGUUUAUAUUUUAAUAUCUUGUGCUUGCUUAACUUAUGUGGCGUGCAUGUUUUCUCUCAUUUGAAUAGUACCACAUCAUUCCACGUUCUAGUCUUUUGGAAGUUUAAAAGUAUAAUGAGUUGGUUUUAUAAUAUUCACAAUGUAUCAUCAAAUAGUAUUGAAAAGGAGAAAAAAAAACAACAAAAACAGGGAGGAGAAGGGGAGGGAAGGGGAAAGGAAAAGAUAUAACUGUAUAGAGAGGGGAAUUCACGGUACGCAAGCACAGCUUACCCCUAGUGAGCCCCGGUCAAGGCCCAGAUGAGAAUAGACGACCACCCCGCAGGGCUCCUAGCCCUCUCGGCUGACUACAGACGAAACACCACAACUGACACCACAAUUGACGCGUCAGACUACUACACAGUUCCAGGACUCACAUUGCCUCGGUAUCACCAUAGCCGGCCUUGGGGAUGGGGGACGUGGAUCAUAAAACUAACACACAAACCCCCGAGAUAUGGGCACCCCUUGACUUGGGACCCUACACUACACCUGGUAUCUACACACAGGUGGACUGCGCAAUUCCUGCGCCCGGUCCUGUGCAGGUGCGGUCUAGGCCCGAUACCCCCCUGACGGACGCCUAUUUUGAACUGGUGUGGAGGCAGGUGGGUUGUUCUCCACAGAGUAUACUGCACAACGCCCCAGCCACAGGUGUCAAGUCAUAGUGGACCCCAUCAGGGGGCACCUACCUAAACCUGAUAACUAGGAACCCCCCCCUCUUUAUUUAUUUAUUUUUUUCUUCUCCUCCUUGUCUUCUCUUUUCCCAAAAACAGAGCACUUGGUGCCUCCUGCCCUCCUCCCGGGAUGGCCGCCCGGCCUCCUCUCCCUCCCCACGGGUCUCGGGUCGUGGGAUCUGGAUUUGCCCCGGCACCUCUCCGGCUCUGGUCGAACAACGUUCGAGGCCUCAACACGCCUGAACGGAGAACUCAGCUGCUGCGCUCCCUGUGGGCGGAAAGGGCAUCAAUUGUGUUCCUGCAGGAAACACAUCUCAAGGGUGAUGGGAGACCGCGGCUGAGAGACUCUAGGUACCCCCAGGGAUUCUUUGCAAGCCAACAGACUGCAAAGAGAUCCGGGGUCGCAAUACUGAUAGCGAACACGGUGCCAUUUGAAUGCACCGGGCAGUUGGCCGAUACCAUGGGACGCUAUCUCUUUAUUAAAGGCUCCAUCGCAGGUACUACAUACACACUAGCAAGCAUAUAUGCCCCUAACGCCCGACAACAUAGCUUCCUCAAGAAAACGCUGCAUAAACUCGAACAAUUCUGAGAAGGACUGCUACUGAUAGCGGGAGACAUGAAUGUCGCGCUGGAGCCGCGAGUGGACACCUCUAGGGGAGUUAGCUCCCUCCCACGUCAUAGUCUGCAAGACAUCAAAGAGACCCUACGUGGUGCGGGCCUGGUGGACUGCUGGAGAGCUCUUCACCCGAGCGAAAGGGAUUAUACCUACUACUCCACAGCCCAUAAACGAUACAGCAGACUGGACUAUAUCCUUAUGGCUCAGGAAUUCCUGUCCCUGCUCGUGACGGCCGAGAUUAGACCGCUUGAAUGGUCGGACCACCACCCCAUACUGAUGAUCAUAGACUCCCCCCUACACCGACCCAGGGAGCACCAUUGGAGGAUGAAUGAGUCGGUCCUAGCGGACGCCACAACUGUCGUGGGAAUCCGUUCGGUACUGACCACGUUCUUUGACGAAAAUGAAGACCGGGAUAUGCCAGCCCUGACAGUCUGGGAGGCACAUAAGUGCGUAGUGCGAGGGCACCUCAUUAAACUGUGUACCCAACGUAAGAAGGAACAACGACGGCGUAUGGAACAGCUCACCCAACGGAUCUCAGAACUAGAGGCGGCUCAUAAGUCCACGCAAACGGACGAUGCUGGACCCUGCUGGAAGCUAGGAAGGCUCUUCGAGAUAUACUACACCAGAAGCUCCAACAUACUAUACGAAAGUCUCUUUUCUAUGAAUAUUCAAAUAAAUGCGGCUGGCAUUUGGCUCGCAUGCUCCAGAAGAAAUGACGCAUGUGCCACAUCUCCAAACUUAAAACUAGGGAGCAGACGGUAACCCAGCUCCCGGAUAAAAUUUUCGAAUCAUUCCGGGAAUACUACCACGCCCUCUACAAUCUGCCUACGGAGACCUCCCCUGACUGAAUCCACUGCAGAGAGAGACGAAUUACGGAAUACCUCUAAGAACACGUUACUAAAACGCUGAGCCAGGACACAGCAGAAGCACUAGAGGCACCCAUCUCGAUGGAGGAGCUUCAAGCGGCGUUGAAGGGCGCUAAACUCAACAAGGCUCCAGGCCUGGACGGAUUGCCCAUCAAAUACAUAAAGGAAUUUGGGGAGUAACUGCUCCCCAAACUAUUGACAGGCCUUAACUCCCUCCUGGAAGUGGGUGCGUUCCCAAGAGACUGUCUCAUGGCAACAAUAGCAGUACUGCCCAAGGAAGAUAAAGACCUGGCCAAUUGCGCCAGUUAUAGACCGAUAUCGUUACUAAACGCUGACCUGAAGCUCUUUACGAAGUUUCUGGCUACACGAGUAGGUGGGGUCCUCCCGGAGUUGGUGGGAUUCAUACCGGGAAGGACAACACCACCCGCGCCCUCAAUGUCAUCCACGCGGCAACAAGUAAGGCCCAGAAGCUCAUAUUGCUUUCCACCGACGCAGAAAAAGCGUUCGUGUAGACUGGCGAUACUUGAUGGCAACGUUACAGGCGAUGGGUUUUGGCCCUCAAAUGAGGACUUGGAUAUCCUCACUGUACACGAUCCCUACGGCCAGAAUACGGGUCAAUGGGGCCCUCUCCGUGCCAGUCCACAUAUAUAACGGCACGAGGCAGGGCUGCCCGCUCUCCCCUCUCCUGUUUGCCCUCUCCCUGGAACCAUUCCUGGGGGCGGUGUGACAGGACGGGGCAAUAGAGGGAUUCGCACUGCAGGGAACGAUCCAUAAGGUGGCUGCAUAUGCCGAUAAUGUUAUUCUUCGUCAGCAAUCCCCUUGUCUCCAUACCGAACUUACUGAGAGCUUUUGCAGAAUAUGGGCGCAUAUCCAACAUGAAACUGAACACAGAAAAAUCGGAAGUCAUGCCCCUCUCCAUGGCAGAAACGAACGUGGCACACCUGAAAUCCCAGUUUGCAUUCACGUGGUGCCGGACAAAGCUUAAGUACCUCUGGAUUUGGCUCACCACGGACCUCUCGCAACUCACGCUGAAAAACGAUCUGACAAGAUGGUCUGGCUUGUGCGUGUCAUGGUUCGGAAGGAUGAACGCAGUUAAGAUGAAUCUAUUGCCACGCCUGCUAUACCUUUUCCAAACCAUACCGAUAAGUAUACCCUCGACAUUCUUUCGACACAUGGAUACUGCCAUCUUUGGUUUUAUCUGGCAGACUCGAGCCCUCAGACAACCAAAGGCCCAAGGGGGUGUGGGACUCCCCUCCCUGUUGACCUAUUAUAGAGCAACGCACUUGCUCCGCAUAGUGGAUUGGCAUGUUCCAAGGACGUGCAAAAAAAUGGGUUCAUAUUGAGCGAGCUCAAGCGGAGGGGACUUUACCGGCAACAAUAUGGUUGAAUGGUCAUCUGAGGAGCCCGCGUACCCGGACUCACCCAUUCAUCGGGGUGACGUUGAGAAUCUGGAGCCAUAUCAACACCAAAUUCUCCUUAACCACGGCACCUGGACUGCGGUCCCAAUCGCCUAUAAUCCCGAAGUAGCAGGAGGACUCACGCUGCGGGACAUUCGGGACGGCGGAUCAGCCACACAUGCAACAAUGGUGCACACGGGACGCGCUGAAAUCGCUACUGGAACGAAUACAGGACAGGACCCCGACGGGCAUAGAAAGACUAUGCUAUCUUCAGAUUAAAGCUUACUACUUGUCACACAAUGGUAAGCGCCUGUUUCACCGGUCGCUAACACAGUUUGAGGAAAUCUGCCAAUCCAGAGCGCACAUAGCCAGAGGCAUCUCUAUGAUCUAUGCUCUACUCCAAGAUGCUGUUCGACCCGAGCCGGCGAGAUAUAUGGCACGAUGGGAGGAAGCCACCGGUGUCCCUCUUACGGAACCACAGUGGAUGAAAAUCCACAUACUAACCAAAGCGCAAUGAGCUCUAAACACCAGGAACUCAAUUACAAGCUGCUGACCGGGUGGUACAGAAAGCCUGAGAAGAUACACAGAAUGAAUCCGGAUGCACCCAACACCUGCUGGAGAUGCGGGGAGGAGACGGGAUCGGACAUCCAUAUAUGGUGGUCAUGUAGGCUGAUAACCCCGUUCUGGAACCAAGUCCAUGAACAGAUCAAGACCAACCUAGACUCCGAUCUCCAAUUUCGACCGCUCCAGAUGCUCCUCCACCACACAGAGAUGCCCAUAUCGAGAUAUAAAAAGUCGCUCACGAAAAACACCUUCUAAAUGCAGCCAAAUUCCUGAUUCCAGCCAACUGGCGGACCGUGGGGACACCCACCAUCCAACAAUGGAUGGACAAGGUAGAGGAAAUACACGGGAUGGAGACCCUCACAGCGACCCUGAAGGGGACAGUGGACAAAUACAUGCAGACCUGGACCCGGUGGAUGGAUUUCACAUCACACGACAGGACGUGAGGGUGCCGGACCCCGUGUGCGGCUGGGGGGCGGCGCGGCGGACCCGGGGAGACCAUUUUUCUUUUUUUUUUCUUUUUCUCUUUCUCUCUCCCCCUCCUUCCUCUCUCUCCUAUAUCCACUCCCCCGUCUCUUUUCUGUCCUUCUCCCCCCAUAUAAGAUGAACCGGGUGGACGGAGCCUGCACAGGAGGGGGACCGGGAGAACGACCAAGGACUUCUAAAACACGAAACAAACAAUUUAGCGGUCACACCAAGACACAACAAGGGAGGCCUAAAGGCUGGUGAAGGGAGGCAAAACGGGUCCAAUAACCCACACAACCGACAAGACAGAAUUUGAAGAUAUAAACAGGACAUAGCCGCGAAAGAAGGUACCCCGGGCAUAGACGGCAGGCACAGACGGCCACGACCAAGAGAGACAACUCGCCCCAAACCCAAGAACAGGGAUUACCAUACGGUAUAAGAAGUGAGAAUAGGGGAAGCAUUAAUACGCACCUGUGGGCCCCGAGAACCACAUAGUAACAGGAGGUAACCCCAUAUUGAGGUAGCACACAAUAAGGCCACACAUAAAAUGGGUGGAUGACUAGCUAAUUAGCCUGUUGCCCAGCAAUCUCACACAACAGGCUAUAACACAUAAACAAAGUAGCAAUAAUAGCUCAAAAUCAGCAGUGCAGGAGAAUGUGGCAUGGUCUGAAGCCAGAGAUAACGACCAGCUGCACGAUAGGUAAAUAGCAUAGCAUUUAAACAAUGUUAGUCAGAUAUGUUCGCCAUGUACAAAAGGGGAAGUUAUAUGUUCCAACGUUUUACCUUGACAUUUUGACUACUUGGCUCUGUAACCAAUAAGCAUAGUAUCUUGUAUGACUUUGUGAAAAUGAAAAUAAAGAUUGUCAAAUAAAAAAAAUAGUAUUGAAAUGUAUGUGUGUGUGUGUGUGUGUGUGUGUGUGUGUAUGUAUAUAUGUAUGUAUGUGUGUGUGUGUAUAUAUGUGUGUAUAUAUAUAUAUAUAUAUAUAUAUAUAUAUAUAUAUAUAUAUAUAUAUAUAUAUAUAUAUAUAUAUAUAUAUAUAUAUAUAUAUAUAUAAAUAAUAAACACAUACAUUGAUCAGCCACAACAUUAAACUCACUGACAGGUGAAGUGAAUAACAUUGAUUACAAUGGCAUCUGGAAUAUAUUAGGCAGCAAUUGUAUAGUCCUUUCUUGAAUUUCAUGAGCUGGAAGUAGGAAAAAUGGACAAGCCACAGACUGGUCAGAGUGUCCAUUGAUGACCCCUGUAUAUUACGGAAAGUGCCUUCAAUGGGAACGUGAGCUGCAAAACUGGACCAUGGAUCAAUGGAAGAAGGUUGUCUGCUUUGAUGAAUCAUGUUUUCUUUUAGAUCAGGUUGAUGGCCGGGGACGUAUGGGUCGUUCCUGGUGAAGAGAUGGUGGCAGAAUGCACUAUAACAAGAAUGCAGGCUGGCAGAUACAGUGUUAUGUUUUGAGCAAUGUUCAUCUUGGUUCCUAGCAUUCAUGUGGAUGUUACUUUGACACGUACUACAUACCCAGAGUUUGUUACAGAGCAUGUACACGUCUUCAUGACAAUGGUGUUCCUUUGUGGGAGUGACCUCUUUCAAUAGGAUAAUGCACCCAGCCACAUUGCAAAAAAAAUGUUCAGCAAUGGUUUGAAGAACAUAGAGUUGAAGGUGUUGCAUUGGCCUUCACUUUUUCUAGCUCUCAAUCAGAUUGAGCAUCUGUGGGAUUUGCUGGAACAACAAAUUCGAUCCAUGGAGGCCCUACCUCUCAACAUGCAUGACUUAAAAUCUUGGUGCCAGAUAACACUGGACAUGUUCAGAGGUCUUGUGGAGUCCAUGCCUCUCUAUACAGCAGAACUGUUGUGGCUGAUCAGUGUAUAGUUUUUAAUUUAUUUUACCAAAGUGACAAAUGUUGGAAUAGGGAUUGUGUAAAACAGGGUUUAAUGGAGUGCUUAAGUGUCACCAAACCUUUGUUGUCUAGGGAAUAGCAUUUCACUUGAAUAUAAUAUGAAAAUAUUAGAUUAGUCUUGCUAUUUCUGUGAAACCGCAAAGCAGGUUUUUCCACAGGGUUACAAAAAGCAGGUAACUUCAUAGGAUGUAUGUAAAUACAAUACUCACGGAAACAACACCGAGUUUUAUAGAGCAAAUCAGUCAUACAGAUCACCCUUGUAAAUAAUAAUAAUACACCAAAGUUAAAUUAAAGAGUGUUCCUAAUUGAGACAAAAUGUGGAAACUGAGGAAGAACCAGUUAAAGGUGAACUCCAAACAUCAUUACCACUACCGACUGCUGUAGUAGUUAUGUCAGGAGUACUCUUGCGACCUUCUCCUGGUAAUGGUACAACCUGUUUUGUAAAUGCCAAUCCUGCUCCUCAUUGUUUGAGAGCUUAGCUAACCCCUCUAAGCACAUCAAUAAAUGUCUGUGCAUUAAAAUUUGUAAAGAAUUGACAUUAGCCAGCAUUCAACAUGAUUCAGCCUGGUGAUGCGACUGGAGGUGGAGUUGCACCACUGGCAGCAAAGGGGUUCACCACUAUUACUGAAAUGGAGUAAAAAUUUUAUACGUAUUUUUGUUUUUUUUAAAUCAAUUUAGUCACCAUUUUUUUUUUUUUUUAUUGAAUGAUGUGUCAGAAGCAUAAAUGAAUAAUAUCCUUAUAAAGGCCCAUUCUGUAUUUCAAGUUUAUUGGUGUUUUUCAGCAAGUAAAAAGACACCAUAACCAUUAAGUUAAUACAUCCAUAUACAUUUUUUAAAAAGUGCUCAAGUGAGCAAACAGAGCAACAAUUAUAUCCAAGUAUCUAGGGCUACUAGAAACACCAAUAGACCACCACCAAUAUAAAUAUAUAUACUUUUUUUUUUUUUUUAAUUUUUUUUUUUUUUUUUAGAGAGAGAUUGAAGAUAUACCUACCUUUUAAAUGUUGUAUUUUGUGGCACUUUCUGCCCUUGCACAUGCAUGGUGCAGUAACAUUUGCUGCAGCAAUUUUUGCAUGAACGUCUUGCUAGAUUUUCUUUAUCCUAUAAACUCCAAACCUUUGUCCAUUGGGGUUUAUGGGUUAUGCUUUUCAUGACAUAGGACUGAAAAGCUGAAUAGAUUAGUAGCUGCUGCAAUGGAGAGGACCAGUAAGGAAAUGCCUAGUGCAAGCUUUUGAUGGAUUUGAAUAGCAGAAGCAGAAAAAUCCUCUCUUGUCACCAGAGAGAGACGAUGCAGGGUUAAAGCUGCAGCAGUGUCAAUAAAACCUUGCAGUAUUAUAUGCAGGGUUAGGAAAUCCUUGCUCCCUAAACUAUACAAUGGGCAUAAAUUGUUAUGCUGCUUAGUGUCCUUGUAAUUUUAAUCAAAUUAACAUGAGAGAUUUGUUUUUCAAUGAGAAGUUGGUAAUCAUUUUUGUGACACUCUUUCACAAGUUUCACUAUUCAAGGGAAAUUGCUCAGCCACUUUCUGUGUAAUGAUGGCACAGAAUGAACGUUAAUGAAAAGGGUGUGUGUGCCAUGAGUUAGGAUGUAACUUUUUUUAUUUAACCUCUCAAAUUGAAAAAUUCUCCAAUAUUUGUAAAUCAUCAUAAUCUCCCUCAGUACAGCCCUGCAAGUACAUGAAAUCACUACCUUCUCCUAAUCCGGUCAUUUUGUCCCAGUUUUAAUAGUACAAAUUAAGCAUAUAGUGGUCUGUAUGUGUAUAUAAUUAUUUACAGCUGGGAACAACUCAACCUACAAUUAAGCUUGAUAAAUAGCAAAUCUAAAAUAUUCGAAUACGAUAGUGCACAUAACAGAACUACUAAUCAGAAACCCGAUAACUCAUGAAGAUGGGUACAAAGUAGCAAAAGGAUUUGUUAAGUAACAAAGUAGUAAGGGUAAAAUGGUUACUGCUUACAGACUCAAGUGCAAGCCACAAUAAUAUAACUAGACUAGCCUAAGUGGCAAACACCAGUAAUAUUAAAUGAUAGUAAUGUAAAAUACUGCUACUCCUACUAAUCAGACAGAAUAAUGUACUUUUAUCUAUAGCGAAAAAUCUAAUGUGUUUAAAACAUCAUGCCAUUUGAACUCCAAUCUUUUAGUCACAAUGUAGGGCAUAGUGGACUACCCAUACAGUUCCACCAAAAAGGGAAAUUAUUGUUACGGUUAUGGAAAUUAAAAUCUACGAAUGAACCAUAAGACUGUCAUCUCCUGUUUAUGCUCAAUUAGACCAAGGACAGAACUUGUUCAAUUGCCACUGUACUUAAGGUGCUAAACAAUUGUUGCAUAUGGGUGUUGGGGUGCAAAAUUAAGGUGAAAAAUAUGAAGGGAUCGAAGUUCUUUCUAAAUGCACUGUGUAUAAAAUACCACCCAGAGUUUGCGAGUUAAUUUUAUUUAUAUAUAAUUGCCUUUAAGUAUUAUACUUGUUCAUACCAGAUCAUCUCUUUAUUUUUAUCUGUGUUUUACCAGUCCUCUCACCGAACUGUCAAGAUCCUGUGAAACUUAUUGUGAAAUGGUACCUAAAUUACCACCAGUGCUACAAUCAAUAUGUUAACCUUGACGUAAGUAGUGUGCGCGCAAAAUAUAAUGAUGAAAAUAGUCUUUUUAGUUUAAAAAAAAAAAAGCAAUUAAAGAUGGGUGCAUUGGUAGAUCUGGUUAGUAACCAUGGACCAAAGCCUUCCAAUUUACUGACACAGCCAUGUGGUAGUUGUUUUGAAACCUCCUUUCUUUCUUUCUUAGGAGGUCAUGCAAAGACGUUUGAGUGAACUACGAAUUGAAGAUCUUUGUGAUAACAUUCUCCAGCAAGAUCAAUGCUUUAAGUAUGAAAAUGCUGAUGCAAUAGAGUGCAGCAAGAACACCCAGACGUUACCCAUGCUGCGAGUGAGUAUUUCAUCCCAUAUUUCUUAAUUUCCCAUGUACUCAUACUUGAUGCUGUGAGCACACACAUGCACAAGCAUUCUACAGCACCAAGUGAUAAGCAAAACCUAGUGCAAUGUCAAGAAUGGAGGACAUGCAAGUUGUGAUUUCCAAAGGUUCCAUCAAAUAACUGCUUCACAAUACCAGCAAUGUACAAGCUCUUUCCAUCAAAUUAUGGACUUGGCAACAUUUUGACCCGAUGGGUGUAUGGCAAGCCUGGUAACCGUUUGAACUGCUAGAAAGAUUUAUUUUGGCAAAAACAAUACCUUUAGCAGGUCAGAAUAUUGUCUGGUCCAUACAUUGGUGGCAGAAAUUUCUGGCUGUGCCAGGACUCAAGUGGCUUGUGAUGUCCAUAGAUACUACUUAUAACAUUAAAAAAAAAUACAACCCACAACCUCAGAUCUGACAUACAAAUUAAAGAUUAUUUUCAGUAUUCUUUAUUCAGUACUAUAAAUUCACUGUGCACACUUUUAUGCACUGUUUUCCUUGUGCUUUUGUGAUUAAAUAUCUUUUGUUUUGACUUCUGUUUGUGUGCCCCAAUGUAGCAUACCAUUUGCAAAAGUAGACCACCGAAGGUAUUACAAAUGGGUUAUGUCCAGUCUUUUUUUUUUUUUUUUUUUUUAGCGACUUAGUCACAAACACUGGUCAAAGUACCUUGGGUAGUAUACUUUGUAAAUGGUAUGCCAUCAUGGGGGUAAUUCGUAUUCCUGGGCUACCAUACGGUCUCAAUGGCAACAAAACCAAUCUGGCAAAUUUCAGUGUGGGAAAAAACUGAAAUGCAAGCCCUUUAUUUGACUGUGACUUUUGAAAACACCAUAAAACCUGUACAUAGGGAUCCUGUUCUACUCAGGUGACUUCGCUGAACAGAAAUAUUACUGUUUUAAAACCGUAAAACGUAUCACAACAAUAUCUUCAGUGGAAGUGCCGUUUGUGUGUGAAAAAUGCAAAAAAUGGCCCUUUCACAAACAAUAUCAUCAUUGUGAUAGGUUUUACUGUUUUGAAACACUAAUAUUUGUGUUUAGUGAAGUCUCCCAGGUAAAACAGUACCCCCCAUGUACAGGUUUUAUGGUGUCCUGGAAAGUUACAGGGUUAAAUAUAGGGCUUUUGAACCACAUUCUGUGGACUUUUUGCCCUCAAAUCGUAAUGAAUAAAAUGACUUAAGUAAAAAUAUUACAUAAACUUAUACGUAGAAUUUAAAUAGAUAGUACACCCGCCGUCCUUAAGGGGUUAAGCAUUCUGGAUAUGUCAGUAAAACUUAGUUGUUUAGACCAGGGGUUACCAACGCAGUCCUCAAGUACCCCUUAACAGGCCAGGAUUAAGGGAUUACCCUGUGGUGUCUAAAGUGUCGUUUUUAGAAGGAAAAAAAACAAAACUGACAUAAUUGGGUAAUCCCUAAAUCCUGGCCUGUUAGGGGGUACUUGAGGAGUGGAUUGGGAACCACUGGUUUAGACCGUUUCUUAUGCCUAGUUAUUACAUUUAUCUAUACAAUAAUGUAAUAUGUUAACUCUCUGCAGCGUGUGUGUGUGUGUGUCUCUCUAUAGAAUAUAUAUUUUAGGAGUAUUAAAUCGCAUCAGGUCAGUUAAGUCACGCUGGUUCCCAUCUGUCACCCUAGUAAAAAUAAUUUAGUUUUACAUUGCACACUUUAUAUUGCGUCUUUUAGAGGAGUGCAAUUUGUAAGCCUUUUAAUGGCUUUAUUUUUCAACGUAUUUAUAUGAGAAUAGGCUUUAGUUAUUAUAUAAAAGUGUGUGUGUGUGUGUGUGUGUGUGUGUGUGUGUGUAUGUAUGUAUGUGUAUAUGUAUAUAUAUAUAUAUAUAUAUAUAUAUAUAUAUAUAUAUAUAUAUAUAUAUAUAUAUAUAUAUAUAUAUAUUUAUAUUUUCAAAGAUAUAUUAUCUAAUUUUGUGUGAAGAGUGUUUUUGGUUAGGUUGGCACUGCCAGUUAAGUAUUAACCCCAAAAAAAAAACCAGGGCACAUAUACCCAAGAUAGACGCAACUCACCACACUAGACACCAGCUCUCACACGUAUCUUCGAUUACCCCUAUGCCAGCACACCCAACUACAAUUAGACUAAGUGCAAUGAUUUGAGACCGGGAACUUGUUCUAUAAAGGGAAGGCAAAAAACUAGACAGAGCAGCUCACAUAUGCUAUCAACACCCACCGAUGCCAAGGGAAGGGGCAGAGAAUGGUAAACGGCUAUUGGUCUGAAAGACCACAGAGAGACUGAGGCGAGACACUGAGCACAUAGGAAAAUCAGGGCAAAGGGACAACAUGAGAAAUGUUUUGUACUCGAAAUGGCUAGUGUUAUGUAGCUAUAUUGUGUCAUGUUACUAUCUUGUAUUGUUAUGUUUUGUUACUACCAACCUACGCCAUCGCCCACUUAGACCAACCGCCGACCAUCCUCUCUCCACCCACCAAUGCAAGGGAACAAGAACCCCCCGAAACAAAAAAUAAAUAAAAAACACCUUGACAUGAACUAGAAAGACAGGAAACGUAUCAUUGGUCAGCAGGAAUGUCCAUGGGUUUAGGUCUACCAGUCUAUGUAGUAUUUGUGAUAUUAGUGUUUGGACGCCUUUUCAGAAGGGUUUAAUUGUGGGGCAGGACCACCACAUGUGGGUGUAUGUCCCUUUUUCUCCGCAGUUACGCCAGCAGAGAUCCGUAGGUGUUUUUUUCAUGUGGUACAAUUGGACCGGGGUAAUGUACCAUCCAAGCAUUGUUUUAUGUGCCUGUUCCUGCAUCGUGACGCAGAUGGAGGUUUUGGUGUUGGCUUCCCAUAUAUCCUGUCAGUCAAUACCCUCUAAAGAUUCCCCCAAGUCGGUUUCCCAUUUGUCGGUGUAUUGCAGUUCUCCCCACUCCCGUGUGGUGGAACAGAGGUGCGAGUACAGUUGGGUGAUCAUGCCUCUUUGAUAUUGUUCCGUAAGGCAGAUUCGCUCAAAGAAAGUCGGUUUGGUUUUGGAGGCAGUUUUCACCGUUGCUUGGGCUGCAUAGUUUUUGAGUUGUAAAUAUCUAAAGUAGUCGGCUGGUGUCAAGGUUGUUCUGGAUUGUAGGUCUGGGAAGAGGAUUAUCGUGUCACCCGUAUAUAGUUGGUAUACCCUCUGAAGGCCGGCUUGCUCUAGGCCUUUGAAGUCCCACAGUCUCAUGCCUGGUGUGAAGAGGGGUAAGAGGGGAGGUUGUAGAAGUUAAUUCGUAUUUAAGGGCAUAUUUGUCCCAUAAUUUAAUUGAAUUGGUAAUGGCUGGGCAUGCUGUUCCCGGGAGUGCCCUGUGCUCUUUUGGCAUCCAGAUGUAGAAUUGUGGGAGAUCGGAUCUCAUAAGACACUAUUCCAGAUCCACCCACCUUCUAGUCUCCGGGGGGGUAUGCCAUAAGGCCAUUUGUGCCAUCUGGGCAGCUAUGUAAUAGAAGUGUAGAUGGGGUAGACCUAGGCCACCUCUUGAUUUGGGGCGAUAUAGUAUGUUACGGGCUACUGUGUGUCUCUUAUUCUGCCACAUAAAUCUAUCAAUUGCCUGUUGUAGAGGGAUGAGAUUGUGUUUUGUGAUGGGAUGGGUAUGGCCUGGAAUAGAAAUAAAAUUCGGGGUAAGACAUUCAUCUUAAUUGAGUGUAUUCUUCCUAUCCAAGAUAUGGGUUUGUCCACCCAGGUCUCCAUGUCCGAGAUGAGUUUGUCUAUUAUGGGUGUGUAGUUUAAUCUGUGGAGUGCAGUAGGGUCUGUUGGUAAUUUAAUACCAAGGUAUGUAAGGAACAUUGGUGUAACGUGUAUGUGGUGGUCUGAGGUGAUGUUGGCUGUGUCCAUCUGUGAGAGGUUUAUGGGGAGUGCACUGGAUUUUUCCACGUUUACUUUGUAUCCUGAGAGCUCACCGUAUGUUCUCAGGAGUGGGAGCAGUGCCCGCAUCGUGGGAAUAGGUUCGGUUAGGGUCAACAUGAUAUUGUCUGCGUAUCCAGAUACUAGGAAUUCUUGGUCCUCUAUUUUAACCCUUUUAAUUUGGGGAUGUUCCCUAAUGGCUUGGAGGAGCGGUUCGAGAGUCAGCACAAAGAGUAGCGGGGAUAGGGGGCAUCCCUGUCGGUUGCCGUUGGUUAUGUUGAAUGACGGGCAGGUCGUCCCGGUUAUCUUUAUUUGUGCUGAAACAUUCGUGUAUAAUGCGCGUACCGCUGUGAUAUACAGGGGGGGCAUGUUCAAAUGUUCUAAGAGUGCGAACAUGUAGGGCCAUUUUACGCGAUCAAACGCUUUUUCUGCGUCAAGUGAAAGCACUAAAGAUGUUUUUUUGCGGUUGCUAGCAUCCAGAUUAUGUCAAUGUUUUGUCUUGUAUUUUCAAAUAACUGUCGUCCGGGUAUGAAGCCUACCUGAUCGGCGUGAACUAAAUGUGUUAGGUAUGGGUUUAGUCUGCUUGCUAGGAUUUUGGCAAAGAUUUUACUGUCAUGGUUUUGUGGGCUGCCCAUACCGUGGUCAUGGGGAUAUCUGGUGUUAGGUUUUCUGUAAAGUAUGUGUUUAUCUGUUUUUUGAAUGUCGUCAACGAACUGGGCAUCUUUGAGGAGGGACGUGUUGAGUUUCCACAUCCACGGGGUAGGGCUAUGGAGGCCGUUAAGGUAGACUGCGAUGCCUAUUUCAGUUUGUGUUUUUGUGUAGCCUGCGUGGUUGGUUAAGAACAUGUCUAUGGGUGAGUAUGUGUCAUGGGGCGGCGAGUAAUAGGUGUAAUCUUUGUGGCAGGGGUGUUGUGCCCUCCAUGCGUCGAUGAGGCCUGUUUUACGGAUGAAGUGGUGUAGCUGUUUGUCUUGUGCGCCCAUGCCAUGGGAUCUGAUCAGCCCUGGGCGUGAACUUCUAUCUGCUGUUGGGGCGGGAGUGGCAUUUAGGUCGCCUCUGCGGCUAGGCGGUAUGUGUUAUCAUGGAGGGAGACCUGUGCGGAUCGAGAUAGGUGUGUCUCCUGUAUGAAUCCUAUGUCAGGAUUUAAUCUUUUUAAUUCUCUAAAGAGUGUGCGUCGCUUGUGUGGGGCAUUGAGGCCUUUAACAUUUAGUGAGGAUACUUUAAGGGCCAUUGUCUUUGAGUUACGGUGUGUGCUCGUGGCCUCGAUAGAUGUUCGGGUGGCUCUGGAGUUUUGCUGCGGUGGGACUGGUACAUGUGUGUUUUGGGGGGAGGGGUUUACUCCCACCUCUGUUCUCUUGAUUCACUUUUUGGGUGUGGGUUUGAGGAUGCAUAAAUAUCGCCUCAAUCUUUGUCCAAGACGUGUGGGUGUAGGGUGGGUGGGGUGUACGGGUGGGAGUUGAUUAGAGAAAAUAAAAGAAGGUGAGGGAGACAGGGAAAGGAGCGAGUACGGUAUUGCCAUACGUGUCUGGUCUUAUCCCGUGCCAGACCGUUGGGGGUGUAUGGACCCUCGUCUCCGCCAGGACUAUGUCAGUCUAGGAGUAGUGGGUCAUGAACCCGUUUGGCGGUGUGGCCCCCUAAUACCAUGUAACAUCCGUCAAUUGGGUCAUUAUUGUGCAGUGCACUAUUUAAUAUAACCAUGUAGCUAAUUUGGCUUCCCAGCCUCUAUUCCUGUGGCAUUAGGUUUUUUAUGGCUAGUUGGUGAAGUUGGGAGCUCUUGAGUGUUGCUGCUUAGCGGUGUUGUCCACGAAAUGGGGUGGAGGGAGGAGAGUCUUUGUAGGGUGAGACUAUUCGAGAUACACCUUCUGGUCUGUGAUGGUUUUCCUGCUGGGGAUCAUAUUGGUGAAUGAGUCGGGGGGCCAAACCCCUCGACAAUUGGCCCAGACCAGAACAACAAUUGCUAAACAAAAUAGCAUUGGCAGCUAGGAAAGCCCUAGCCCAAACAUGGUUACGACCCACCUUUAACAAAAUUAAAGAGUGUCACCUCAUGUAUAAAUUGACGGCCCAAAUAAGAGGCUCAAUGAAAACAUUCACUUAGACAUGGGAAAAUUACAUCGACAAACAAUAAAUCACAAAAGACGACCAAGACCCCCCCCCCACUCCCUAUCAUUAGGCCGAGUCAACUGGUACCCCGGCCUAUAAGUACAACACCAAAGCCACCAAAAUAAGAUGGCAACUUAAACAUACUGUAAUGAUAUAUUAUUCGUGUUUUACAUUACUGCUUGUUGUUCUUUUCAUUCACAUUACUUAUAAAACCAAUGACAGACCGAUCUUAAGUACAGAUGAUGAACACAAAAUGCCAUGAAAACCUCAUGAACUACCUAACAGCAAUACAUACUUAUUGAAUUUCCAAUGAGGCUUCUGGCAAGCCAUAUGAUUGCAUUAUGUAAUUUUCUCUGUCAUUGCAAAAAUAAAGAAUUAUUAAAAAAAAAAAAAAAAACAACCUGGUAACCACUUUACUACUUUUUUUUUUUUUUUUUAUUGAAUUCUUUGUUAAAAUAAGCGUAGUGGUUACAGAAGGUACAUGUUGGUAAGUAUCAAAUGUGCUAGUACCAGCAAGUACAAUAUUUAACAUGGUAAAGGUACAACGAUAAUUGCAGGUUAUGCACGGUACAAUUUUUAGAACAAGUCACGUAUUUAGCUUUUUGUGUUAUUACUUUACAGUGUGUGGACAUUGUGCGUCUAGUAGGUAUAUCAAGUAGAGCUGCGUUUUAGGUGUAGCUUUGUUUAAUACUACAAUUUUAGGAUUUGUGCCAUGAAAGGUGUGCACAACCCUGCUUUCGUCCUUCUCCUAAGGAGGCGUAAUUUGUACCUCAACUCCGGUUAACCGCUAAGAUAGACAUGUUUAACAGAAACAAAAAGGGGUUAUGAAAAGGAGGGGAGAAGGGAUUGGUUUCACUCCAGUGACUCACUUGAAACUGUGAGCUUAUUUUGCAUCUUACAUAUCUUUAACCUAAUUAAGAGGACUAAAAUAGCUGCCUUGUGCCUGAUUUCCCUAUGCUCCUGCCGUAUAACCCCAGCCCUGCGUGGGUAAAUUAAGCAUAGCGGUUAUUGAAAAGCAGAGGGCCUAUUAAUAAGCAUCUCAUAUGCCAGGUAUCAUACACCCUGGUGCCAGCAUGCACAAAUUUUUAACAUGGUACAGGUAUAUCAAGGGUGCAUGAUAUGACGUAAUACAACUUGUGGUUCUCAUUGCAUGAAUCACUUAUUUGUGAAAUGUUAUGUUGCAUGAUCCUUAUACAUGUAGAAGGUACAUCGGGUAGAGCUACAUUAUGGGUUCAGCAUCGAUUAAUACUUCAACCGCAAAGGUUGUACAGUGAGGAGCUUUUGUCGUCAUCAGUAUCAUUGGUUGUUUGACCGCUAAGACGGAGAGGGAUUGGUAGGUAAAAGAAAAAGAGAGAAAAAGGAGGGGGGAAAGCUAGGGGGAGGGUUGGUUUCACUCCAUAGACACCCUGGAGAUCAUGAGCUAAUUUUACCUCAUGCAUAACUUUAGCUAGCAUGACUAAGAUGACUGCCCCAGGUCAGAUUUCCCCGUCCCACUAUCUAGCCGUCCUCAGCCCUGGGUUGGUCAGUAGCGAGUACAAUGCGCCUAGUUGUUCAUUCGCCACCUUGGUCAGUAAACAGUGCCUAGGGAGCUAGUAAAUUAGCGCAGUGCCCCUCAUAUAUGGGUUAAAAGUGGUACGCCCGACUCUGGGUCUCCCAUCUUUCCCUAACUGUCUAGGAGGAAUUGAUCCCUUAUCCCAUCCCAGGCGCCCCACCUUUGUUGAUGAUGGGAAUGUUUACUCUGCAGGGUUAAGGACAUUUUUUUCAUAUGAGCAUAUAGAAUUCUUUUUGUUCUUCCUCUGGUUCACCAAGAGCCGAAUUACAUAAGGACAGGGAUUUUAAAUGUGUUGCUCCCUUUUUAAGGAGAUUAAACAACCUAUGCGCGGCUGAUUGUGCCUGGGGUUCCAUUUGUCGGGAGAGGAAGAUACUUUUAAUGCGAAUGUAUGUAAAUGGUUCCCGAUGAGCUAAUGGGAAUUAAUUUUGCAAAUCCGGGAAUUGUUUAAUUCCUCGUAAGUCGUACAAAUCAGAGACUUUUGCUAUGUCCUCUUGCUCCAAGACCCCCCUGGGUGACCACUUUACUUCUGAUAGACGUGAAGGUAAAUUUUAAAAAUAAAUAAUGGGGAAAAAAAAAUGUAUUCCGAAAACAUGCAUCCGCUGAGGUUGCAGAAUGUCGGAGAAACUAUAAACAAGUAGUGUAAUAAGCUUCUAUAGUUCUCCCCGUGUGUCCUGUCCUGUCCUAAUGCAGCUUGCUUUGUAAUUCCAAUCAUACGUUGCUUUCAGUGGCUCUGUGAAUACAUUUUAUAAAGCAGUCUUUCUGGCAUGAGAAAGCUUAGCUAAUAAGGCCGACCUAUGCACCAUUAUGCAAAACAAUGUAUUCCUUUUUUUGUGCAAAAUCUAGAGAUUUAGGCAUGCAAAAAGAUACAUAUUAAAACCUAUCAAAUGCAUUAAAGUUGUUUUUGUGCUUGCUUGGAGUGUCCCGUGGCAGUUCCUAGGUUUCUGUGUGCUUUCUUAAAAUGACAAUGGAGGCAGUAUAUCUCUUUCUAUGUGUAAUAUCUAUCAAAAUAUAUUAUCUCUUCCAACUACAGUUUUGAUUGAAAACUGUUAUCGUUGUCUCCUUAAUAAAGAAAACAUUAUGAAAAAAAUUUACAUUUAAAAGUGUAUAUAAAAAAAACACACAUACUGACACAUCCUAAUUACUAACACAAGUUAUCUUUUUUCCUUCCAAUGUGAAUGGAGUCAAGUUCUUUAAUCUAUCCUGUAAUUACCACUUUACCAAACUUGAUAGAGAAAGAACGUCACAUAGCUCAUUUAGAUAAUAUCCAAAUAUAGCAGGCAGAACAAGUGGAACCAUCUACCUUCUUGGAUAUUGUUGUGUGAGACUAAUAAACACUCUUCAUAGGGCAAAUAGCCUAGAACAAUUUACGAUCUCCUCACUUCUUUGGAAAUUAAACAAACAACACUUUUCAAUAGCAUGUUAAGCACAUUUUCGAUCACACCCUAUUUUCUACUGUACUUCUUAUGUAAAUAAUGCCAAACCGUUAUCCUUUUUAGUAUUGUAUUAAUAGUUUGGCAUUGCGCUCUUAAUAAAAACAGCAGUUUGUGCUUCUGUUAUGCAAGACACUGACUGUGGCCUUUUAAUCACAUGAAAUAAUAUAUUUUUUAUUUUUUUUUAAUGCUUAAAUUUACCAUGAACUAACAAAUACAUUAUGCAUUCUGGCAAUGGUGUGAUAGUCUGUGAAGUCUGCUUUAAACCAAUGGUUAAAUAAUGUUCUCACUGCUUUAUCAGUUUUCAGUUCAUAUGAACUCCCUAUGUAGUGGUAAACGUUAAAAUGCAUUUUUUUUUUCAUUUUCCAAAGGCAAAAAAUACUCCUACAGCAAGUGUCAGCAAAUCAAAAGAACUGAAAGAAACACCGGUGAGGAAGUAUUUGUAAUGAAUGUGAUGUUUAUAGAUUAUCUAAAUGAAUCACCAGUAAUUAUUGUUUAGUGUACCCAUUAAUAUUUAAAGUAGAUUUGUCAUACAAAUAUUGGCACCAGCGUAACGAGGCUGUGUUGGUUUAUAGAUCAUGCCCAUGCAGUCUCAAAGGUUCACUUCUGUCAUUUAGGAGUUAAAUGUCUUUGUUUUAUACAGCCCUAGUCACACCUCCCUACAUGUGACUUGUACAGCUUUUCUAAACACUUCCUGUAAUGAGAGAUGUAUUGUUGAGACUUCCUUUGUUGGAUAGUCUCAGGGCCAAAAAAAAAAUAAAAAAUUGGCUUCCCCAUUCACUCCACAGUGGUCCUGUAGGUGUAAUCCCACAAGAUAAAACCUUGCCUCAGCUUGAAGAUUAAACAAGCCUCUAGUAGCUGUCACACUGAGACCCCUCUGCUAUAAUGCCAUGUUUAACUACACAAAGCGUUGAAAGUGCAUAGCGAUUGCCACUUUGCCACAUUUAGCGAUUGCGCAUCAGUGAGGUGAGAAGGCAAGCAGAGAGUUCCCCCCCCUUAAAAAAAAAAAUACAAAAUCAUUUUUAAGGUAUGCGGCCUGAAUUUAUCUAAGGACAGAGACACUAUAAUGUUCGGGAAUACAGGUUUAUAUUCCUAACUCCAUAGUAUUUAGUGUUCCAAAGAGUAUUGAUUUUUAAAAAAUUUUUUUUAUUAAAUUGGUCCUUUUUGCUCAAAUACUAUCACGGAUACUACAUACAUAUAAACAAUCAUACACUUAGUCACACUCAAUGGUCCACACAAUCACAUACUGAUCCAGUCACACACAAAAUACUGAUCAAGGCUCGCACACACAGUCCUAAGCACACACAUAAAAUACUGAUCCAGACCACAAGCAACACUGACCCAAGCAGGCACAGGCACACACACACACACACACAAACAUACUGACUGAAACAGGCUGACACACACACACACACACACACACACCAUGAAGUCCCCCAUUUACCCUUAUUUCAAAUGGUCUCUCUGUAGAUCUCAGUCCAGGCCUGGCUAACUUGACUCUUAAAGCUCUACCCCUGCUAUCCUCCAGCCUACUUGACAGGGCAAGGGGUGGGAGCGAUUGUAUGAUGCACUUGUGCGCUGCAGGCAUAUGAGAGAUGUGUAGGGGGAAGCUUUCAGAUUUUUGUGUGCUGGGGUUGAAGGCCCCGGGCGCUAGUUUGCAGCUAUGUAAGUGCUCCCUAGCGCUUGGUGGCAUGAUCUGCAACACGGAAAAUAGAAUGUGUCCCACAUAGAGGUGUGCUUCUUAUGGGCGCUCACCUCCCCCCCUCUUAAGAAGCACCCUAGGCGGCUGCGCCGGCCAUGGAUAGUGUGUUUAAUUUAAAAUAUCUUAUCUCCUGUUCUGUUAACACCCUUCUAGAGCCUUCCUUUGUGUGUUUUUUUUUUUUUUUUUUUUUUACAGGGCAGGAGAUUUAAAAAGUCUAAAGCAAGUUGACAUCUGAUUGAAAAUGAAACCAUUUUUUUAUGGAAGCUGUGUGAGUCACAGCCACUGGAGGUGUGACUAGGGCUGCAUAAAAAGAAACCGUGAUUUAAAUCCAAAAUGUCAGAGAAUUGAGUAGUGAGACUGCAGAGACAUGAUCUAUACAUCAAAACUGCUUCAUUAAGCUAAACUUGUUUUGAUGCCUAUAGUAUCCCUUUAAUCUGUACAUUGUUUUGGUUAAUUUCUGAACUGGAAAUCAAGAAGAAAUGACAAUGCAAAUUAAUUUAUUUAUUUUUAAAGCCAACAUUGCAAAAAUAGUUGAUUUGGGGAAUGUUUCUAGUUCUGUCUUUCUUGGCUAAGAAUCUAUAUUUUCCUUUUCAGUUUAGUGGAAUAAAAGAAACCUAUUUGAUAGUUGAUUAUUUCAGUAUAUAAAUGAUCUGAUUUCACUGGCACGAAGUAUACAUUGCAUUUUAUAGCUUGCUUUGUGCUGGAGCGUGUGACCUGCAGGUUUGUGGCUGAAAUGUCUUUGAAAAAAAUUAAUCGAAUAUAAUUUUGAAAACCUUCAAUACAUUUAUUUAGAGAACAUACUUCCCUUUCCCCUAAAUGGAUCUUCUCUGCCUCAGUGUAUUAAGUGUGAGCUAGUCAGGGCCAAAAGCAGUAUUCAUUAUUAAAGAAUAGUUUUGUAUGUUAUUUUCUUUUGUUUGUUUGUGUUUUUGUUUUUUUGUUUUUUUUUUUAAUAAAAUUCUUCAAAUGAAGAAAAAUACUUAAAAAAUUGUAAAAAAAAACAAAAAAAAAAACACACCAGUUUUUAUGCAGUCCUACCUUGCAAGUAUUUCUCUGUUGGAUCAAAACCAGAAUUCUCGUGUCACCUCACAAUGUUCAGAAUAUAAGUAUUUGUGGGAGUAGUUAGACUACUGUAGCUGUAAAAUUCUAAAUAUUGUGUAAGAAAACUAUGUUGAUCUAAAAGUUGACCUUUUGGCUCGGGCAAUAUUUUUCUCCAACAGACGCCUGAUCUCGAACAGAAAAUUGACCAGUGGUUACAUAACAUAUCACUGCUUUUGACAGCUCUAAAAUUUAUUUUUUAUUUUCAAAGGCAAAGUCUAAACCUGAAGAAAAUGACAAGAAAUCAAACCCAGAGAAAGGAACACAGGUAAGCCAAUAUUUCUAUAUUUAUUACUAGGCUGUAAAACCUCUUGGGCAUUCUAAGCACCAUAACGACUACAUCCAGUUGUAUGGGGUUGUAGGGCAACUACCCAGCAGCCGCUGUCCCACAGUUCUGGGUAAAAUUAUUCUCUAUCAGUUUGACAAAAAAUCUGAAGCCCAUCCCUUGCUUGCCCAUUUUGCUAAUCAGGAAGUUCCAGUUCCUCAAUGGCAAUAUCAAUUUAAUCUGUAUUUAGAGGGCAUUGAUAGUUUGCUAACAAAUGCAUUUCAUAUAUGGAAUAAUUGAUAUUGCUAAUCCGCUAGUGGACUUUCUGCAUUAGUGCUUGUGUAAGUGUGGGGCUGCUGGAGGCCCCAAGUUUUGGUCAAACAGUGUGACCAAGAAUUGUAUGUUUGACAAAAUCCAGACAUCCUUGUGCAAGUAGACUGCACCUUUAACCCAUAUCAUGCCAACAAUUAAUGCGAUCUGAAGACUAUCUCCACAAUUUCAGAUAUUCAAAAAAGUAAAAACAGACAGAUAUAGACAAUCCAUAUAGACCAUAAAAUCCCUUUAACAGCCAAUAUAUUAAAAACAAGCCUCUAGUGAUCCUUUUAAAGAAUGCUAUUUUUCUUAAUUGACCAUGCCUCGACAAAAUGCCACACAGAACAUUUGGUCCUUUAUCGAGUGGUUGUACCAUUAGUGCGGUACACAUGCACAUAAUCCUUUUUUGCCCUAUAAGUGGACUUUGUGAACAUGGUUCCCACAUAUUUUAGGACCAAUUUAACUAAAGCCUGUAAGUUUGUUUGAACAGGCCUCUCUCCACAGUCUAUUCCUGUUUGCCUUAUUGCAACAGUUUCUUUUGUUCAUUCACCUAUUAUAUAUUGGCACUUUUUAUAAACAAUAACUUAUUUUCUGCCUCGGUAGCAGUUUUCAAGGAAAAGUCUACAAAAAUGUUAAAUAAUUUAUAUAUUCAUGCUAAGCUAAACCGGAAUUAUUAUAAAUAAUCAAUCCAAAUCUGUCUUGAGCAUAUUAAAGGUUAGAAAAAUUUCAUUCCAUCUUCAAUUUGACAGCGUUUCUCUCUAUGUGAAAUGCUAAUAUCCAUUGCUGUGUAUAUAGAUUUAUUACAUUUGUGCUACUUGUCUUUAUAUUAUAUGGUGUAUAUAGAUUAAUUCAGAAUCUCCUAUUUUGUAUUUUAUGUAAUUCAAUAAAGAUUAUUUUUAUACAUUCAAGAUAUGGUUUUCUGCUGAUUUGUGUCAUAGGAUUCUCUAAAAGAUGCCUAUUCUUGAACAGAAAUAUGAGGUUUGAUAACUUAUCACUAACUAAAGGGUUACUCAGAGCACCAUGACCACUUCAGUGAUUUGCAGUGGUCUUGGUACCUAGAGCAUGUAUGUGCAGCAUUCUUUGCUUUGAAACGCUGCACAUAUGGAUAUUAACCACUCUGCUGCUGAGUGUUACUCCACCUCUGACCUUGUCACUAGCUCAAAACUGGAAUUCCGGGCUGGCUAAUGUCAAUUUUGUGCAAUUGUUUGUUUGUUGGGUUUUUUUGCGGACAGGAUUGCAUAGAUUGGCUGGAAAAGUAUCAUGUGAUGUUCUCCGCCAAUAAAUGCCUACGACAUCAGCUUCUGACUACUGUAUCUUUGCAGAAGCUGGAAUAUUGUCCCCAGGCAGGAGAGACUAGGAGCUCCGUGGGGACCCAGAUAACAGGGGCAAACCAUUACUAUACAUUUUGCUCCAUUACCGGGAAACCGUUCCAGAAGUAUCAUAACCGUACUCAGGGUAUCAUAACCACUACAGUGGGCAGCAGUGGUUAUGAUGCUUGACAUAACUUUUAUUCACAGUUUCUGGUAUCUACAGUCUUUUGGCAGUUGUAAAAUGUAUGUUAUAAAAUAAUAACGAUAUAUUUCUUUCUUUCUUCAAAGGCAAAAUCUAAACCUGAAACCAAUUCUAAACCAGCAGCAAAUGACGCCAAUCCAAAUGCUCAGAAAGGAACGCAGGUUAGCAAGUAUUUUAAUGUCUGCCAAAUAUCUUGCUUAGGUCACAACAGUUGUUGUUUAGGUGUGACAAGGCCAAAUUAUUUUUAAAUAGCACAGUAAUCGCUAUGCAUCCCAAUAUCUGUCAUUCAUACAUGUCGUGGUUACACUUUUUUUUUUUUUUUUAAGUCUUUAUUUUUGCACACGAUAGGCAAUGCAAGAAUAAUACAACUUGGAGGCUUGCGCAGAAGCCAAAAUAUAAAAGAGCAUAUUUAUAGACAUAUAAAUAAACACAUAUGGCAAGCCACUUUAUAGUUUCCAUACAACUUGCCUCCCAUCGAGGAUUGUUUUUUUAUGGCUACAUCACUUAAAUUCCCAAUUUUACGUACGAUAGGCAUAGCAAGAGCAAUACAACUGUGAGGCUCGCGCAGGAGCCUAAAUGCUAGUAAUCAGACUUGAAAAAAUGAAAUAAGACAAUAGCCCAAAAGACAAGCCUCUUAAUGAAUGCUAUUCCACUAGCCUCCCGUCAUUGAUAUUGUAUCUUUUAGUCAGGCCCUGCAUCCUGAGAAGGAGCCCUAACUCCAUCCAUGUCUGGGUGUACUUUAGGCAUCCUCAAUUCUCAGUCAGUAUGCUCAUGCCUGAGUGAGGAAAGUAAGUUAUGCCACCAUAGACUGAGACAGUGUUAGAAAUAAGGAAGUAAAAAAAAAAGAAAAAGAUAUCCUUGUAAGCCAAGGGUUUAGUAACAAGAUGUAGAACACGUGAAAAAGAAAGAUAGAGGAAGAGGGGUUAAGAAGACGAGAAAGAUGUGAGUAUGAAGGGUAGGGAGGAUGGCAUGGGGGGGAUGGAGGGGGUGGGGGGGGAGGCGAACGAGGCUGAGGUAUUUCAUUCCGACUCUGACCUUGCAGUGUCGGAACCCGAUUUAAACUAUAUAUUCGGCCCAUCAAUCGUGACCAGAGCCCAUUGCACUAUUGUCCCAUGGUUCCCAAACCCUCUGUAAAGUUACGAUUGUUCCUCUUAAUCUAGCAGUCAGAUCUUCCAUGAUUCUGUUUUCCUUUAUCCUAGAGAUCACUCCCCCAAACUCCGGGCCUCCAGGUGACAACCACGCCGUUGCCACAGCUCUGCGUGCACUUAAAGUUAUCGCCCGUACCAGUUUCUGCUCUCUUCUCGUCUAUCCCUCAAUAGAUCUAUUUAACAGGUAGAUCCAUGGGUCCAAGGCCAGGGGUUUGCCAAACGUCUGCUUCAAGAGGUCUUCAACAGACUUCCAGAAACCGCGGAUUUUCGGGCAUUCCCACCACAUGUGGAGGUACGUGCCUCGGAAUCCGCAACCCCUCCAGCAUUCGUCAGUAUCUAUCUUGUGCAUUUUGUGCAAGGUUAUCGGAGUAGUAUACCACCUGAGCAUGGUUUUCCAUGCCUGCUCCUGUUGCGUGACACAUAUCGAAGUGCUCUUGGUUGCCUCCCAGAUCUCCUGCCAUUCGAUUCCUUCCAGUUCCUCCCCUAGGUCCGACUCCCAUCUAUCAGUGUAUUUCAAUCUACCCCAUUCUUUAGUCUCCGUGCUGAGAUGAGCAUACAGAAGCGUAAUCAUUCCUUUGGGGGCUGAUCCCUCUCUACAUAGCCUCUCGUAAAAAGUAAACUGUCCCUGGGCUGCAGCUUUAAUACGGGGUCUUCUAGCGAAGUCCCUUAUCUGGACAUAUCUAAAGUAGUCUGCUGGAGUCAGGUGGGUAUGUUGUUGGAGGUCUUGAAAGGGUAUAACAUCCCCCUCUCUAUAUAGUUGGUAAAUCUGCUGUAGCCCAGUCUUUUCUAUAUUUCGAAAGUUCCUAGGGGCCAUACCAGGUGGAAACUCUCUGUUUCUGAGUAUCGGAGCCAUAGGGGAGGGGGAUGAAGCAAGUCCAAAUUUGACACUGUUCGCAUCCCAUAAUCGAAGAGAGUUAAGGAUGGCCGGGCACGUCACCCUUAUCAUGGGCCUGUGUUCUUUCGGGACCCAUAUCGUAAAUUGGGGGACAUCGUGGCCUACCAUCAAAGAUUCAAUUUCCACCCAUCUCCUUUCCACCACAGGGGAGUGCCA